AUGACAAUGAUCAAUAAUAAUAAUAAUAAUAAUAAUAAUAAUAAUAAUAAUAAUAAUAAUAAUAAUAAAAAUACAAAUGAUUAUUUAUUUUAUUAUGUUUUUCGUAAUAAAUAUUUAUGGAAUAUAAUAUCAACAUUUUUAAAAAGUGAAAAUUCAAAUUGGAAUUGUUUAUUAUCGACUAUUAAAAAUAAGAAAUCUAGAAGCAAUAUUAAUAAAAUAGAAGAAAUCAAUAAAAUUAAUUUGGAAAAAGAUAAAAUAACAUUCAUUGAUAGAAAUUAUCAAUUUAAGAAAUAUCAAGAUUAUACAUCUGUUGAAUCAAUGAUUUUAAGUGAAAAUAUUGGAUUAUUAAAAGAUAAAGUUUUUAAAAACUAUAAUAAUAAUAAUUCAACAAUUAAAUUAGAUUUUUCAACUCGUUCAUAUAGAUUAAUAUUUAAAAUGAUUAGUUUUAAAGAUAAUAGUGAAUUAUUUAAAAUAUUAUUCACAUUAAAAAGAGAUGAAAUGGAGAAAAUGUUUUUCGUGUUGGACAAUGCAGUAGAUUCAAGAGACCUUGAAAAAGUUAAAUAUUUACAUGAAAUUGAAAAUAGUAAUAAUAAAAUUAAAAACAAUGAUAAUAAUAAUAAUAAAAGAGGAUAUGCAUCAACAUCAUCAAUUGAUUUAAGUGCACGUCAUGGUGAUUUAGAGAUUUUAAAAUUUUUACAUGAAAAUAGAAAAGAAGGUGCAACUGUUAAUGCAAUGGAUUUGUCAGCCCAAUAUGGUCAUUUAGAAGUAGUUAAGUUUUUACAUGAGAAUAGAGCAGAGGGUUGUACAAAAAAUGCAAUUUCAAUGGCUGUUGAAAAUGGUCAUUAUGAAAUUGUAAAAUUUCUUUGUCAAAAUAGAACUGAAGGUUUUUCACAACAUACAAUCAGUAGAACUAAAAAUCAAAAUAUUUUAAAAUUAUUAACCGAUUUUCAAUCAUUACAUGGUGGUUUUAUUGGUAAAAAAAAUAAAUUAAUCGAACAACAACUGCAACAACAACUGCAACUACAACAACAACAACUACAACAACAACCAAAGUAUCUUAUUAAUGAAAAUGAUAUAAUAAAUGUAAAUGUAAAUAGUAAUAAUAAUAAUAACAAUAAUAAAAGUUCAUAUUGGUCAUUUUUUAAAUGGGAUUCAUUAUUUAGUAGUAAUAAGAAUAAUGAUGAUGAUAAUAAUUUAAAUAUAAUAGUUGAACAACCAAUAACUUCAGAAUUAGAGAAUCAAAGAUCUUUAGCUUUAUCAAUUUCAGAAUUUGAAAUUGUUGGUUAA